CAACCAGUAAAUAUACAUUACAUUCAUGUUAAUAUAUUAACAGAAAACACAAUAAACAUAAUCCAUAUUUCAUGAUCGACGCUGAAAGACACCCAGAGUGAGUCAUCUUGAUCUCAAUAUAAGAUCUUUGUAACGGUCGUCAAACGUUUGCUUCUGUGUGGAACGUUCUCUUCCGGUUCUGUCCUUUUUACUUUUAUAACCGUAUAUAUACAUUCUAUGCUGAAAUAACACCAGCAUUUCUUUAGCACAGAUAUUGUUUCCACCAUAUCUGUGCACCGAGGACGCCACAAUAAUUCAGCUGAAGCACUUUGUUCAUCAGCGGCUGCAGGCAGCGUCAGAGGAGAUCCUCGAAGAGAUGGAGAAACAGAUAAAGUUAGCUUUAAACGGAGCAAACAUUCAAAGACCAAAACAAGAGAGCUACAGUCAUCAGGAAAAUCUGCACCAUCUGCGUCAAAUAUCAGCACAGAUAUUGUUUCCACCAUAUCUGUGCACCGAGGACGCCACAAUAAUUCAGCUGAAGUACUUUGUUCAUCAGCGGCUGCAGGCAGCGUCAGAGGAGAUCCUCGAAGAGAUGGAGAAACAGAUAAAGUUAGCUUUAAACGGAGCAAACAUUCAAAGACCAAAACAAGAGAGCUACAGUCAUCAGGAAAAUCUGCACCAUCUGCGUCAAAUAUCAGAACCUCCACUGCCUGAAGAGGAAGUCCUGCAGGAGACCUCGAUGAAAGCAGAGUCUAACCUGAGCGCGGCUGAGUUCCCAGUCCUCUGUCAAACCAGUGAGGAUACAGACAACAAAGAUGGGAACUAUUGCUUGGCUCAGACAAACAAGAUGUCAAAUAUAAAAGAGGAGGAAGAGGAAAUCGCAAAUGACACUCGGGGACCUGAAAUAAUUGUACCUUCUCUUGAAGGUGUGAAAACUGAGUUUAAAGUGUCUUGUGAAUUGCAGCCAAUCUCUUCAGACUGCUCUGCAGCUCACAAUGACAGCAAUGAAGGUGACGAGGAGUUGCUUCAGAACAAAGGAGCACGGACAAAGAAGAAGGGGCGAAAAAGGAAGACCUUGCAAAAACUAAAUGGAAGCACUAAGCAGAAGGGCGCAGCAGUGUUGCCUGAUGGAGGUUCUUCUGCUAAAGGUCAAAGGGAGCGAAGAGAUUGUCCUAUUUGUGGAAAGACUUUCCAGAACAUGCGUUCCUUCAUGGAGCACAUUAAAAAACACAGAAAGAUGAGUGAAUCCACGAAGAAGCUUUUAAGGCAUUUGCAAAAUGCUCACAACCAAAGGCUAUGUUGUGAUGUUUGUGGCAAGAAGUUCGCUAACCCUGGGUGUCUUCAAUUACAUUUAAGAAUACACACAGGGACUAAAGACUUCAAAUGUCGAGACUGUGGGAAAACAUUUGUCCAAAAAGCGCAAAUGAUUGUGCACAUGAGGAUCCACACAGGGGAGAAGCCAUAUCACUGUGAUCUGUGUGGGAAAGCAUUCAAUCAGAGACACUGCCUUACUGUUCAUAAACGAACACAUACAGGGGAGAAACCUUAUUCCUGUGCGACAUGUGGGAAAGCAUUUUACACCCAUGGUCAUCUUAAAGCACACAUGCAGCGUUUCUACGGGACAAAAGCCCUCAUCAUGUAACAUUUGCGGUAAAAUGUGUUUGCCAAAGCCGGCAGUUGAAGCGACACAAUAUUUACACACAGCUGUGUAAGUUCUCCAUUUGUGGAGCCUAUAUGCAGCACUCCAUUGUGCCUUUUACCUCAAACUGUUUAGAUAACAUGACUGUCAAUAUUUGUUCCAUGAAAUAGGUUGAGUGUUGGAAAAAGUAAUAUUUUUGCCCUAUGUACGAUUAACAAUGCCUAAAAGUAUUAUAAGUUCACAGUUUCUUUAGGCUUACAAAACAAAUGCAUCAGAAAUGCUCAACCACAAGGUCCCUCCCAACUGUAAAUCAUACAGAUCCCUCCCAACUGUAAAUCAUACAGAUUUGUUUUUUGGCCAUCACUUUUUGACGUUUCUCAAAAUCAAAGCCUUUAGGCCUAAGUAGUUUCCUAAUAAUAGUUCAAACUAUUUUUGCAAUCCAGUGAUGCUUGUGCAUAUCAGUAUACCCUGCUCCUCCAGAUGAACGGCAGAAGAGCAAGAUGUAGUCUUCUGCAGUUUAGCCCACAGGUGGCAGAAGACUCACCAAAGACUCAUCAUGUGUUUUUUAAAUUUAUUUUGUAACUAUAUUUUCUCUAAUUUACUCCGAAGAUCCCAUAGAACUUAUAUAGCAGUCAGUCAACACCAUGAAUGUCUGUGUCAUACACCGAAACAGGGAUCUUUUUUGUGACGCAUCAGAUUUCAAGGAUUGAAAUGUAGGAUUUAUUUUCUAUUAAAUAAACUUUGAACAAAUAAGCAAAGUAUCGCUUGUUUUAUGU